AUGGCUCUGCGGGACGCCUUGUUUGAUAACAUGGGCCACGGUGCGUUGCACGAGGUCCUGGGGCCCAAGACCACUGGUACCUUGAACCUGCAUCGUCAGUUCCAAAGCCGUGGCAAUAUCGACUUUUUACUCACUCUCUCUUCCACGACCGGGGUUCUGGGUAAGAUCUCGCAGGCAGCGUACACCGUCGGGAGUGCCUUCCAGGAUGCACUCGCCAGGUAUUGUGUCAGUCAGGAUCUCCCUUCCACAGCCAUAGAUCUCGGUAUCGUCCGGUCUGUUGGCGCCAUUGCAGAUAUGAGAGACCUCACUCGGCAUCUUGAACGGCCAGGCUUCAGUGUCCAUAAAAAGGAUGACCUCCUGCAUCUCAUCCAGGCAGCUAUCCAGAGCUCACAAUCCCAAGCAACAUCCUUUGAGUAA